GUUGUCGUUAGCGCAGCAGCUCUUGUGUGUAGUUGCGAGCAAGGAAUUGGCUUCACAGCAGUUGAAAUUCGUAGCGAAAAGUGAACUCCUCAAUGGACAGGACUCGCCCGAGAGCCACCAAGGAAGUCAAGUGCAAUUAAAAGGAAUUAAAGACCAACGGAGGAGGAGCAUAAAGCCAUAACAUUUUUGAGUUAAAGCCGAAGUUGGAGCCCUGGAACUGCCAAUGAAAAGACUGAACCGAACUGAAGACAUCAACGUCAAACAUCAAGCAUCAACCAAGGACCAAAAGCCACAGGAAAUGUUUUAGGAGCAGCCAGGCUGAAGCAUUGCGAUAAGAGAGCCACAAAUAAACCCUCAUUAUAAACAUAAACACAGUCGGAAUGUUUCUGCCCGUGAAAUCCAAUCACUCUGGUGGCGAGGCGAGUGGCAACAAUGAGGAUGUCACCACCACCAGCAACAACUCGACACAGACGCCCAGCGAUCUGAGCCCACCGGGACCCAACGAGGAGGUCCUGCCCCAGGCCCACCAUCAGAAUCCAGGCCACUGCAUUGCCUCCUUUGCAGCCAUUAACCAGAUGAGGAACAAUGCCCAGCUCUGCGAUGUUCGCCUGGAGGUGGGAGGCGACACCAUCAACGCCCAUCGUGUGGUCCUGGCCUCCGUGUCGCCCUAUUUCUAUGCAAUGUUCAAUGACGACAUGCUGGAGCGAACACAGGGAUUGGUGCGACUGCAUGACGUGGAUAGCUCGGCUCUGAGGCAGCUGAUCGAUUACACAUACACCGGGGAGAUCACCAUCACGGAGCAGAAUGUCCAGGUGCUGCUGCCCGCCUCCGGCCUGCUCCAGAUGCACUCGGUGCGGGAUGCCUGCUGCAAGUUCCUGCUCCGUCAGCUGCAUCCCUCCAACUGCCUGGGCAUCCGGAGCUUCGCUGACGCGCACUCUUGCAAGGAGCUGCACACGCGGAGCCACAAGUACGCGCUGCAGAACUUCCAGCAGGUGGUGGGCACCGAGGAGUUCCUCCUGCUGCCCUUCGAGGAGGUCCGCGAGCUCAUCUCCAACAGCCAGCUGAACAUUAGCUCGGAGGAGCGGGUCUUUGGGGCUGUCAUCAACUGGGUGAAGCAUGAUCUGCCCUCGCGGAGGCUCCACAUUGCCGAGCUGAUGUCCAGUGUGAGGCUCCCGCUGGUGAGUCGAGACUUCCUCAUGAGCUGCGUGGAGACGGAGACCCUGAUGCGGGACGACUCCGAGUGCAAGGAGCUUCUGCUGGAGGCCAUGAAGUACCACCUGCUGCCGGAGCAGCGCAGCCUGAUGGGCAGCCAGCGGACGCAGGAGCGUCGUCCCGAGGGCAUGAAGCCAUAUGUGUUCGCCGUGGGCGGAGGCAGCCUCUUUGCCAUCCACAACGAGUGCGAGGUGUACAAUCCACGCACCAACUGCUGGAGCCCCGUGGCUCCCAUGCUGUGGCGGCGCUCUCGAUCCGGAGUCACGGCCUUGCACAAGCAGCUCUACGUCGUGGGAGGCUACGAUGGAGUCAGCGACCUGGCCACGGCGGAGAGCUACAAUCCGCUGACGAACAAGUGGAGCAACAUCACCCCGAUGGGCACCAAGCGGAGCUGCCUGGGCAUCUGCUCCUACGAUGCCUUGAUCUAUGUGUGCGGCGGCUACGACGGCGCCUCCUGCCUGAGCAGCAUGGAGCGCUAUGAUCCGCUUACUGGCAUCUGGAGCUCCUGCCCGGCGAUGAGUACGCGGCGCAGAUACUGCCGCCUGGCCGUGCUGGAGAACUGCAUCUACAGCCUGGGCGGCUUCGAUUCCACCAACUAUCAGUCGAGCGUGGAGCGCUUCGAUCCGCGAGUGGGUCGCUGGCAACCGGUGCCCAGUAUGUCGGCCAGGAGGAGCAGCUGCGGGGUGGCCUCCACGGAUGGGCAUCUGUACUGUAUCGGCGGGAAUGAUGGCACCAUGUGCAUGUCCAGCGGGGAGAGGUUCAACCUGCGCCGGAACAGCUGGGAGCCUAUCACGGCCAUGCACUCAAGGAGAUCCACCCACGAAGUGGUCGAGGUGGAGGGCGCCCUGUACGCUCUGGGAGGGAACGAUGGCAGCUCCUCGCUCAACUCCGUGGAGCGCUACGAUCCGCGUCUGAACAAAUGGAGUGUCGUUAAUGCCAUGGUGGCGCGUCGCAGCUCCGUGGGGGCGGCAGUGCUGGAGUGCUUCCACCUCGAGCGCGGACUGGUCCAGACGACGAACUUAUGACCCUUGGCCAGCAUAACCGAGUCCUUCGCCGCAGCUGCAGCGAGCAGCGCUAGCAAUGGUUCGGGAGCAGGGCCAGGAGCUGGAGCAGUAGUGCUGCCGCCUUCGGCAGGUGUGGGCGGGACCCUGACGGUGCCCAGUCGAGCGGAGGCAGCGGCCUUCACGGCCAACAUUGCGCUGAGCAGCUCGGCUCCGUCGGCCAGCUCCACGUUGCGUCGUCAUCGUCGGGACACGCCAGGUUUGGCGGAGAGUCGCAGGGCCAAUAGCAACGCCAGCAGCAGUGGCAGCGAGAGCGGCAGCAGCAGUGGAGCAUCUGCUGGCGGAGGAGGAGGAGUUAAGCCACCGGCGACGGCCUGAUCCUGGUCCAUGUCGCGUCGCUUCUAAGCAACCUUACAAAAUAACACUUAAAAAUACAAAACGCUAACCCCACGCGCCUAAUGCAGGAAUUUGAUUGUUCGAGUUCGUUAUGGAAUAGAUAUAGGAACAUUAAUAUAGUUAUACGACGCGGAGGAAGCACACACUCAUGUCUCUAGUCAAGAUCUCGCUCUCUCUCACGCCACACCUCGUACACACACGACAUGGGAAUGCCUCCUGGGAG